AUGCUUCUCCUCAAGGCCUUCUCAGCAAUUGUUCUGCUUGCUUCAACAGCAGCAGCUGGUCUGGUCGUUGCCAACGAUGAUCAAGAUAUGAGCAAUCUCGUUGUCAAUGGAAUUCCAUAUUCUACUCGAGUAAAGUACAUGAGACUUACCAACGAAGCUCUAUACAACCAAAGCGGACCAUGUCCAUUCGCCUCCUUCGGUGCCAUCAUCGUCAACCACACCGCAGACGAGAUCGUCUGCCAAGGAGCAAACUUCAGAACCGGAGACCCCACCAUCCACGGCGAGAUCUCAGCCAUCAACGCCUGCACAGCCGUCUUCGCAGCUCGAAACAUGACACCGACGGAAAUCUACGCUGCAUGGGGUGACCUUUCGCUCUACACCAACGCGGAAUCUUGUCCCAUGUGUGCAAGUGCGAUCAGAUGGUCUGGUUUCAAAGAAUACAUCUACGGCACAACAAUCCAACACAACUACAACGUCGGCUGGGGCGUCAUGACCCUCUCCUCCUACGACGUCUUCCAGCAAAGUCGUCAACUCCCCGGCUACCAGACUUCCAUGCUGGGACAAAUCUUGACCAAUGAAACAGACCCGUUGUUUUCUUGGCAGUAUAACGAGAGUUAUCCGUGUCCGAAUGGCUGUCAUAAGGAGUAUAGUCCUACGGACGGAUAUCAGGUGCGUUGCGCCGGGUGCUACGGUUACGAAGAGAUAUGCGGAGGAGCAUGGGCAUUGAGAUUGGCGAUGAAGAGUACUCGAUUCGAGCUUCUUAAUUUUCACUUCCCAGUCUUGAUAUUCUCAAGCCAACUCAAUUACCAAAACUCAUCAAAUCUCCAAACUUCAACCCUACAUCCCUCCAUCAUCUCCUCCCCUCAUCCCCUCUCCACCCAGCCCCCAACCCCAAACCGACAAUCAACACACCCCCCACCCCUCCUCUCAAUCCAAACCCACUCCCCAACCUCCCCUAUCUCCCCUCUCUCCCCAACCUCUUCCGCUUCACACCCACCACGCACCUGACAACGUCUAACACCUCGAAAGAAGACGUGGCCACAGGUAUAGAUGUUGAAGUUGCGGAGACACAUUUUCCUUUUUUCCUUAUUGCUUGAUUUCUUUGGUUCUUGGGAAGUGGGGAUUUGGGUGAUAUAGAGAUUAGGAAAGAUAAUGAUAAUGAUGGAGAUGAGGUGGACGUUUCAGGAUAUUUCAUACAUGCGUUUUGUCUUAAAUGUUGAGAGUGGGUGGGAUAUUGAAACAUACUAGAAAUAAUAAAGAAAGAGAGAGGGAUUCUGGCUGUGGUUAACGUUUGGUUUGAGGAUGGGACAUGUAGAUAGUGAAAAGGUGGGUAAAGUGUAGAAGAUUGUAGAAUAGUUGUUUCACUCAUUGUCUGUCACAUUUUCACGGAAUCUGGGUUUGAUGAGACACUAUCUUC